AUGUCCCGUGCCCUACUUCUUCUUAACAAGCUUGCUCGAAUGAAACGAUGGGAGAGCUUCUGGGGCAAUCCAAUCCGGGCCGGGCAAGAUCCGAACCCCUUCUACGGACACACGCCAGAAUGGGAGCGGCAGACCAAGAUCCGGCUGAUGGAUGGUGGGAUGUCCAACAACCUCCCCAAUCACGUCCUAGCACGCCCCGAGAGGGCAGCCGACAUUAUCAUAUCGUUCGACACAUCGUCGGACGUGCAGACUGGGGCAGCUACCAGGCGCAUGUACAACUUUGCCAAGGACUGCAACAUACAUCUUGAAGAUGUUACCGCAUUAUCCGAUCCACCUCGCCCACGUAUAGCCACGGAUGGGAAAGAACUCUCCACAGCCGCUAUGGAACUGGAAAAGAAGUUCCUGCAUAUGUACGCGAGAGUGUUUCACGGAGGAAGGGAAGAUGGGCGAGAGCUCUACAUAGUGUACUGCCCUCUCCUCCCCAAUGCUGUGCGACCGGGUUUUGACCCUUCAACUACGGCUUUCUCCACUUCUUACAAUCUUGCCUGGACUCCAGAACAGAUCGAGUUGCUCCUAGCCACAUCCGAGGCCAAUGUUGAGCAUUACGCCACGCAGAUGAUCAAGCAGGUCGCACAUAAGGCCACAAUAUAA